AAUAAUAAUCUUAAUAAUAUUAAUAACAAUAAUAAUAAUGAUAAAAGUAAUAACCGCAACAACAAUAACAAUUAUGAUAAUGAUGAUGAUGAUAAUGAUAAUGAUAAUGCCAAUAUCUAUGAUGAUGAUGAUAACAAUAACAAUAAUAAUAGUUAUAAUGAUAAUAAUAAUAAUAACAAUAAUAAUAAUAAUAAUAAUAAUAAUAAUAAUAAUAAUAAUAAUAAUAAUAAUAUUAAUAAUAAUAAUAAUAAUAAUAAUAAUAAUAAUAAUAAUAAUAAUUAUUAUUAUAAUAAUAAUAAUAAUAAUAAUAAUAAUAAUAGUAAUAAUAAUAAAAAUAAUAACAAUAAUAUUGAAAAUAAUAACAAUAACAAUAAUAAUAAUAAUAAUAAUAAUAAUGAUAAUAAUAAUAAUAAUAAUAAUAGUAAUAAUAAUAAUAAUAAUAAUAAUAAUAACAAUAAUAAUAAUAAUAAUAAUAAUAAUAAUAGUAAUAAUAAUAAUUAUAAUAAUAAUAACAGCUAUGGUAAUAAUAUUGAUAUCAAUAAUGAUAGUAAUUAUAAUGAUAAUAAAAAUAAUUAUGAUAAUGAUAAUAAUAAUAAUAAUAAUAAUAAUAAUAAUAAUAAUAAUAAUAAUAAUAAUAAUAAUAAUAAUAAAGAUGUGAUUCUUUACACGUCAGAGAUCAAACACAGCAUCCCUUUGUGGUUCUCUUUAGACUGUAGUGAAGUUCGAGCUGUGGUGCAGCAAACACGUUACUCCUGA